CCCCCUCCCCCCCCCCCCCCCCCCCCCCCCCCCCCCCCCCCCCCCCCCCCUCCCCCCCCCCCCCCCUCCUCGCCCCCCCCCCCCCCCCCCCCCCCCCCCCCCCCCCCCCCCUUCCCAUUUCUCCAUCAUCAUCAUCAUCAUCAUGGAUGUUUUGGCGAAUUACAGUAUAUUCCAGGAGCUGCAACUUGUCCACGACACUGGUUAUUUCUCUUCGCAGCCUUCUUUAGAGGAAAACUGGCAGCAGACAUGCUUGGAGUUGGAGCGAUACCUUCAGACGGAGCCCAGGAAGCUGUCGGACCCUCUGCUGGAGUGCGUGCUGAGCGCCUCCUCGGCGAUCAGCGGGGAGGAGGAUCUGUCGGACACUCUGCAGCCCCUCGAGCUGAGGAAGCACCCGGACAGAAGCCACCUGCCUUCGACCCCCACCUCGCCACACAAGCUCCCGCCAGAGGCACCCUUCACCCUGCAGACCACAGCGGAGCCACCCAUCGAUCCCCCCGCCUUGGUUAACCCGGCCCAGCUCAACGCCGUCACGUCGCUCACCCCUCCUUCCUCGCCCGAGCUGGGCAGGCACCUGACCAAGCCGCCCCACCUCCCGGUGGUCGAUGGCGGGCCGGUCAAGGCCGUCCAGAGGAAGGCAGGCCUCGGCCUGGUCAAGGGCCUGACCAAGGGCGGGCAGGGCGAGCUGGAGAUCUCCCCCGACAACAAGAAGAGGGUCCACCGCUGCCAGUUUAAUGACUGUCGGAAAGUUUACACCAAGAGCUCGCACUUGAAGGCCCACCAGAGGACGCACACAGGUGAGAAGCCCUACAAGUGUUCCUGGGAAGGCUGUGAGUGGCGAUUUGCAAGGAGUGAUGAGCUGACCCGACACUAUCGGAAGCACACGGGAGCCAAGCCCUUCAAAUGCAACCACUGCGACAGAUGUUUCUCCCGGUCGGAUCACCUGGCCCUUCACAUGAAGAGACAUGUCUGAGCCGAGGGUAGGACCCACAGGACAGGCAUGACUGUUAACGGGAGACGGACUUCUUUGCGAAGAGCACAGACAUACGGUUGCCUUAUUGCCAUGUUGCAGUGAGCAUGUGUGCAUACACACCCGUGCGCGCGCACUCUUAACUCCAGAUGCAAACACAACACACUCUCUCUCUCUCUCUCUUGGCCUUGCCUUACCCAGUCGAUUAGACACUGCCAAACAGUUGCUGAUUUACAAUGCAUUUGGAUUUCUGUUGCCAUGGAAACCAAAGGGGAUUACAAACCUGACACCACUUUGCCAAGCGUUUGCGGUGUGGACGCAUACAUCACCCGGCCUCCUAACUGUGGAUUCCAACAUUCUCUGCUCCGCUCCACAUACACACCGGCCAACGGCAGGCUUCAGAAGACUGACUGGCAGGAGUUGCAAACGGAAGCAAUGGUGAUCGCGACCAGGGUAUGGCAUCGGCUCUGCACAAUGCCAACUUCUUGUGGAUUUCUCCGUGACUGUUGUGACUGUUGCAGGACGGGACACCCGCUUGGGCACGCUCUGAAGGGAACAUCUUAAUGAUGACGUUGAAGGUCGCUGACAGGCCGUUCCCACAAUCCCUCCACUACCCCUUUCCUCAACCUUCCUCACGCACAUGAAACGCCCCGGAACAGUGGGCAGUCCCCGGUGACAUCCCGACCCGGCCACACUUCCCCAAGUGCUGCUCCGAAAACUCUGGGCUGCGCUGGGAUGGGAUGGAUGUGGAUGGAUGACUUAACAAAUGUCUGGCUGAUAAAUGACCCAGGCUGUGUAGACAGCUUCUAAUAGGUGGGAGGGGAGGAGGAGGGCUUGCUGAAAACGCUCAUUCAAGGGGAUUUCAACCUCUGCCUCUAUUUGUAAAGGGCAAUGCUUAAUUGACCAUUGUGGAUCAGGGACCUGUUGCCAUUGUAGCUUUAAAGGAUACUGCCGUCCCCUCCCUUCUUCCCUUUAAGUAACACGUGUUCCCGUUGUGAUGCUCCAACUUUUGGUUGAUGUGCCAACACAUCCAACCUCUCUCCUAUCUCUGGCCUCCUCGCCUUCUCCCUUUCCGUUUCGAUCGGAAGCACGGUGACUAAGUCAGUUUCUGAUGGCAGCGGCGUGCCAAGUCCACCCCCCCUUCAGCUGCCUGCCUUGUGUCAACGGUGCACAGCUCAAGGCCACCCUGGCAAACCAAAGAAUGGGAUAAACAACCAGCAUCGAGGAACACCGGACCCUUCUCCCAACCACACCUCCACAGGCCUUCCCACUCAUCACUGGUUACACCACGGAUAUUCACUGCACUGUUGGAACCAGGGACUUGUUUGGUGCCCACUGACCCGCCCACUAGAGUUGAAGGGAACACAGUGACUCCCAGCCUACCCGGUCUUAACACCUGGCCCGAGCCUUCCACCAUUCUUGUGGCCUUGCCUUGGUCAAUAAACACCUGGUAUCAUGAUAGCCAUGCUGCUGUUGAUGGGAAGAGUGUUCCCUGAUGAACGUUUCUAAUGGAAGGGAUAGGGUAGAUGGCUUUCAGGGAGGUGCCUAGCACUGGGUAAUUCCUUACAAUGGGUAAGACAUUGGGUCACAGUUUGACCAGAUCCUUGGUCAACUGGGCUUGUGUCGGCUUUUCUGGUUGUCAAACCCAACUGCGCCAACCCCAUCAAUAGUAGAUGGAGAGGAGAGAGCUAUGGCCAAAAAUCCUUCCUUCCAAUUAAUGAACCAGAGGUGAGCCAUCGUCCUUGCUAACUGGGAAAGAGAUGUGUGUAAAAUGCUAAGGUACCUGUGCAUCAUAGCAGGAAUUAAACGAUAAAGCCUGUUCCACCCUCAGCUUUCAUUAACCUCCCUGUAUCCGGGCUACCAGACUAUUUUCUUUUUGACCGCUGGGUUAUGCCUUGCCCCAAAGUUAGACCCACUAGAUCUGAACCAUGGUGCGUGGGCAGUUUACUGUGUCUGGACUCUCCUCAACCCAACUCACACUUGCUAGGUGUUACCAACGAGAGUCCGCAAGGGCCCUGCCUCACUGAGAAUCGUGCCUUACCUAAGUGCAGGUCCCAGACUGCCGCCCCUCAUCCACGGAGGCAUCAACCUACAAGGCACCCAACAGACCUCCAGUUGCUCCCCUUAACAGCUCUUCUGGAGGCUUCGACCAUUCUCAGCUUGGCCAGCCACUCACGAUAACCAUCAAACAGUAAGGGACACACACGCACCUUGGAUAUCCCAGUAAGGUCUACCUUCACCAACCAUGUUCCAUUCUUACUGGCUUAGUUUGUUUCUGAGGUAUGGGAGGGGAGGGGAGGGGGAUUCUUUCAAUGUAGAUUAUGAGGGGGGGGAAACACAACUGGCAGGCAUUUGUUUUUUUAAAUUGACACUUUAAUUUCCCUUUGGAGACCUGAACCAUGCUGAAUAUAUCCAAACGGGCAAGUUGUAUUUGUUUUUGAAAGUAUCACUUUGUUUCACUGAACAAUGAUUGGAACUCUUUCCUGGACAUUUUCAGUAGCUCAGAAAUCUGAACACCAGUGUUUAUUAUAUUAUAUAGAUUGAAUAUUUAUUGUGUUUCCUCUCUCUCUGCCUCAUGUUAUCUAUGUCUUAUUCUGUGUGGUUAUUUUCCCUCUCUGAUCCGCCAAAAUAUUACCCACAACGUCGCCGAGAAAGGCGAAGGUUUUGCCCAAACCUAUCAUCAUUUUGCAAACUGCUGGAGGUGACUGAGAACCAUUGCAAGUUUGGAAAUGGAGGAUUUGGUUCAUUAAUUGUCCACCUCUCAUUGUUCUCACCCCAUUCCAUUGAGAUAAUUCCCUUUUUGUAACUGAAUAUUUUUUUUUUCUUUUGGAUGUCAAAUCCAGCCUUUGUUUGGACAGAUCCUUCCGGAUGGAUUUGUGCGUUCCAUCAGUCCAAGAUUUUGAUUGGAUAUUUCCUCUAUCAAGUAGUCACACUGAUAGAGCCACAACACGAAAAUGCCCAAUCGGAUCGAUUAGAUUUCAGUUGCCAUGACAACCAGUUUAAAUGGCGAUUGGUGAUUUUUCACUCUCCUAGCUCAUUGCACUUGCAAGAACCCUGAGCUCGUGGCUCAGUUGAGUCUGUGCAUCAACACUGUCGAUGGACAGUCCGCAGAGUGAGUGAAGCAGUAUCUCAGAGCACUGGCCACCAUUGUUGAGUGGUGCACUCCAAGCAGAAUUGCUGGUGCACCUCCAGGGCAUUAGCACUGGGAACUUGCGUCUCAAUCAUUUCCCCGGGUGGGAGGGAGGGGCAGUCGGGGCUGUCAUGUACUGUUAUAUCUUCUCACUUUCCUGGUUCCAAAUAUGCCAAUUGUGCCGAAUAUUCCCUUCAAGCCGUUCAAUGCCAACGGCCUGUUAUUAAUGGUGUUUACUCCUCUCCCUCGAACCCUGGCUUCCAAGUCCUGGUGUUUGGCUGGUUCCCGAUGAUUAACCUUGUAUUGAAGCCAAUGUAAUUGGGGGGGGGGGGUUAGUAGUUCACAACAAUGUCUAUCCAGCCCUUACCCACCUGUCCUCCUCAGCCCAAAGCCACACACUAUUCCUCCCUUCUGAGAACACUUGUGCUGCUGUCUGCUCCCCUCCUGCAGCCUUACUACAGAAGCAGCAGUGGCGUUUUAGAGUUACAACAGGAUUUGACCAGAAGGCCCCAAUUCCUUGAGCCUGCCCUCGGCUCAGCAUCUUCCUGAUGCCUUCUAUCUCUGGAUCAGGCACGUUGGUUCAUGAGCCUUCCCUUGUCAACACUCCAACAUGCCCAAUGGAAGCCCUGUGUUACUGCAGAUGGGCCCGGGUUACAGAGAGCCCAGAUAGCAGAAUGCCCUCUGCCUCACUCUUAUUGGCUCCUCCCCUCCCACCCCAAUACUUGGCAUCCUUGCAAACCCUCGGCUCCGUGAGGUAACAGGACAGUCGAUGUUGUCCACUGAAUCUGAGGUCUACCAUUGCCUGCUGACUGCCUUCCACUAGAAAGUGGAGAUCGAGCACAGUCACUCACGGUGACCUCUGACCUGCAGCACCAUGGUUGCCAAUUCUGGUCCUUCAUACUUCUUGACCUUUGCCACGUGAUCAGCAAACAUCCUGCCACUGGUCACUUGAUUUGCCCAUCCUCACUGUACACCAGUUGCGCUGGCCACUUGGAAACUGGACAAUGGUUUCUGAAACUGUCCGGGCCACAUCUUGCCUUGGUCGAGCAUCCUCUCCAACUACCCUUAAUUUACCGAUACCAGGCAAUGAAAAAUUCCAAAGACAGUUAAUGAUUUACCCUUUGACAUUUCCGCAGAUAUUUGCAUGCAACAGUCUCCCAAAGAUCUAGUUCCUGCAGUUGAGCUUCAUGCCUGAUUAUCCUCACAGGGCAAGGCUCCAAUUUCAAUGGGAGAAGGUUGCCUCCUCCCUGUCGUUGGAGGGCAGGGGUGAGGUGGUGAAUGGCAAGUAAUGGUCUUGCCCUCCUUUUCUCCGGGUCCUGUAACCCUGCCUACCAGCAGUGUAGCCAGCCCAAAGAUGGGAGAGUGAUAUACAGCAGGCACUGGUCGGGGCCAGGCCUAACCUCGAUAAAUAUAAUGUUCACAAUAGCAAGCUUGUUAAUUGAGAGCAACUAUUAUAUUCAUGUGUAAACACUGAUCUACCCCUCGUGUCUCUGCCCUCUCCAAUUUCCUGCCUUUGAACUAUAACAACAAAGCCUAAUAUGUAUCCAAGGCGACCUUCUUGGAAUUGUCUUAGGCCAAACUUCAGUUGAAAAUAUGUCUCCUGUGUUCUGGUGCAUAAUUCUUUAAUGCCAACGUAAGGCUUUACAUUUAUAAUCGAGGGAUCAAAUAUAACCACGUCUUUCAGCUGUUUAAUUGUGUUUUUAUUAUUGGUAUGGAUUAGGGUCAGUUCUAUACAGGGUACCUACUCCACUCUGACUCCUGUUUCUAUAUAUUUUCUGUUUCCUUGUCCUGUUACUUUACUUUGGGUUAGUUAUUUUAUUUUGUGCGUCUAUGUGUUUGCAUUGGAGGGUUGGGACAUUUGUUUGGAUCGCGAAGCAACUCUAUCUGCAGGAGUCUGGCUGUGCGCAUGUGUAUAAAAUAUGGUUCUUUUCCUGUGCUUAUAGCGGCUCCUGAGGGAGGUCAUUGUUCAGUUCCUGGAACAUUCAGGGCAAUCCCAGAGGGUCGGUAACCCUACCCUGUGAUGAUGGAGAAAAAUUGAGAUGUAGAGUUUAUCGUAACUCUGAAAUCUCUGCUGCACCCCCCCCCCCCCUCCCCCCUUACUAUUUCCUGGCAAUCCUCCCCUUCCAUUUGGUGCACCCCAUGUAUGGCAGCUGAAAUAAUUAGAGUUUGGAAGGAAGUUGGUUGUGGGGAUGGUUUUGGUGGGUAUGGAGGGGAUGGGCUUGCAAUUGUAAUGUUCACUGUCCAGGAUUGUUCUAACGACAGAUGACGCAGUGCUUUUCCAGGAGGCUUCUCCAGUGCCAGCGUGCAGUUACUAGUCCCACGCUCCUCAACUGCGCUAAUCCCAUCCAACACAAUGCUCCCCGUAUUCUCUGUCAGUUGAAUACAUUCAUUCUAUAACUCCAAAGCAGGUGUGAAAAUCUGACCCCAUCCACUCGAAACACUUACCAGUACAUUAGUGUAUGGUAGAUUAAGGGAGUGACAUAUUUGGGAAUAUAUAUUGGACUCAAGAAGGUAGAAAUGAUUGGAUCUCGAAAAGCGUGAGAUGCCCUUGCUUAGAUCAUUGGAGUCCCAUGCACCUGCCCCCAAAAACAUUUUUUUUGUAUGUUUUGUUCUUUGUCUUCCUUUUCUAUUGUUUGUUUUCUUUUUCUGUUCUGCUGUUUGUCAGUUUUACUGUACAAAGAGUCUUAAGGAAAAAAUAUUCUUUGUAUUAUAUGAUGGUAGUACGUUAAUGUUACAAAAUUAUUAACAGAAGAAAAAUUUAUUUUUGUUACUGGUCUGUUUCCUAAUUCUUUUUUAAAUUGGUAUUGUAAGAUAUCUAUGCAAAAUUUGUUAUGUGGAGCAUUUUUAUUUAAGAAUGUAAUAUGUGUGGAAUACAGUAGAAUAUGCUCGGCCUGGGAUAUAUGGCUUGUCCUUUUUUUAUUUUGAUGUGUGCAAUUUAUGAACACGUAAUUAAAAAAAUGCAAACCAUGAACAAAGUUUCCAUUGAAAUUCCUGUUGAUUAUUCAUCUAGCGCUUGGUAACAGGGUGCCUUGAUACUAAAGUAAUGUGGGCUUUCUUUAUAUUAAUUUCCUCACCAUAAAAAAAACUGCAUGUAAUGGAAAGACUGACCUUUCCGCCCAUUAAGCCUAUUCUACCAUUCAGUUUAAUUGUAGUAGAUCUUCAGUAGCAGUCUGAAGAAGGGUUACAUCCCGAAAUGUUGCCUAUUCAGUCCAUGCACAGAUGUUGCCUGACUCGCUGAGUUACUCCAGCACUUUGUGUUUUGUUCACUGUAGCUCCAUCUAUCUGGUUUGUGACUGAAUUAGUGACCGGUUAGUGGAUGCUAACUUUGCAAAUGCAGCUGUGGGUAUGUUGCACAGUGGUGGGGAAUUUGCCCUGUGACUGCAUGAAGGUAGGGUGGGGAAGAACAAACAUAAUAAUUCAACCCUCAGAGAUAUUAACCAGUGGGAGACGACAGCUGAAAUUUAUAUUAUGCUCACUAAAUUCUUGAAGGUGAAAAGGGGAAAUUAAGUCUUUGUUCGGGGUGCCAGGUUAUGUAAUCUCUCCAAAGAAAAGCUCUUCCUCUCAGUUUUUCACAGCAACAUAGAGGACUGCACAGAGAUGCAGCCAUGGUGCACACACUGAUGCUCCCAUCAGUGCAGUACCUUGAUGGCUGGAGCAUAAAGGGCCUGUCCCACUUAGGCAAUUUUUUAGGCGACUAGGCUGUUGCCACAUGGUCGCCGAGGUGUCACCUGUAUGGUCAUGAAUAGUCUCAUAAAGAGUCGUAGCGUUUUCUGGUUGCCGCUGGACUUUUGAAGUGUUCAAAACAUUUCGGCAACAGUGAGCUUGAUACCAAUGAGUGUAGCAUGACUUCUCCUGACGUAGGUGCUGUCGUAGGUUGUCGCCAGGAUGACGUAGGUUGUCGCCAGGUGACAUAGUUUGUUGCCGAUGCUGACUUUGGUGAAUUCCAUUGGCGACUACCUACAUCAACCUACGUCAACCGGCCACAGAUACCGGCGACUGAAUUGUCUUCAGUUGUUGCCGACAGGGUCGCAGCUUGUCAUAGCUUGUCGCAGGUGGACGUAGGUUGCCGUAGGUGUGGUCGUAGGUGGAUGUCCUAAUAGGUCGCCGGUUGUCGGUACCUUGCCGUAGCUUGAUGUCGACUAGGUAAUAGGUUGUUGUAGCUUGUCAUAGACAUUGUCGUAGACAUUGUCAUAGGGGGGGUCCAGUCAGCGGGUUUUCGACGACCUGCUAUGAGUAUGACAUUCGCCGGCAGUUGCUGAAAAAAUCGCUUAAGUGGGACAGGCCCUUAACUCUCAAUUGUGCAACUUCUUAGCUGAAACAGGGUUUGUGAGAUAGGUGGCUGGCCACAUCACGUAACUUAGCAAACACAUGCCUCAGAUUCUUCAUCUGUCCCAGCAAUGGCUCCAAUGUGAAUGGAAAGACGGUGAGAGGUUAUCAGUCAAGAGCCAAACUUACAAAGGGAGAUAUGCGUAUGGUUGAGAAUUAGCAUCACACACACGUGUCAGACACUGACCAUCUCCAACAAGCGAGUCUAACCACAUGCCCCUGACAUUCCAUGAUGUUGCCAUCUCCAUCGCCAUCCUGGGCCAGCAUUGGUCUGUCAAGGAAUACUGUGUCGGCCAGAGUCACGACUGAGGACCCUACAGUGAGUGACUCACCUGAUACUCCUGGGCCUUUUCAACAACUACAACGUAUGUCAGGAGUCUGCUGGAACCACCUGGGAUGAAGCAGUAACCCAUUCACUGCACUAAACAUUUAUAACCUCCAGUGGCUGCAUUGUCUAUAGUAAGCACUGCCAUUCCUUCCACUGGCUGCCUCCAAACCUGCCACUUCUGCCAGCCAAGGACGGGGACACCACCACCUCUAGGUUCCCAAACACGUCAAACACCAUCCUGAUUUGAAAACUAUCACUAUCUUUCCUGGUCAAACCUCUAACAAACCUCUCUAGAUGCAUUGUAGAAAAUAUCCUGACGGUGCAUCAUGGCCUGGUUUGCCAAUUCCAAUGCACAGGAAUGCAAGCAGCUGCAGAGAGUGGUGGACUCAGCCCA